UUUUUUUACAAGGCUGUAAAAAGAGGCACACCCAAGGUUGCAUUGAAUAAGUUCUUUUCAGUCAUUAUGUAAGAAUGCUGUGUACAUUUUGCGCAAAAAAUAUUUUCCUAAUUUAAUGCUGUAUUUAAAACAAAGUUAUUUUUUUUUUGUCAAAAGCAAUGUCCCAAGAUCAAAACAAUAACAAUUUAAUAUGACUCCUUUAAAUAAACCUGGUUUAUUUUAAGUGGCUCCCCGACCCUAAUAAUAGACAGGUUGUUCCGACCAAUCAGAGACCGCUAAAGUAAUUCAAUCAAGGCGCUACAGCGGAAGGACCAAUAGGAGUGCAGAGUGGGCGGGGUAUGGCUGAGGCGCCGCUUGCUGCCGGGGAAACGGGGCGCUGAGCUUUUACACAACUGUGCCGGUGGACUAGAAACUCCCGCCAUUUCGUCAAGGAAUUAACCUCUUGUUUGAUUCAGGGUACUUUCGCGUAACACUUGCUGAUUCUGGAAUCGAUAAAGAGGAAAAUCCAAGCGUUAAAGAAUAAGGUCACUUUUAAAGUAUCGAGAAGCUUCUAUUUCUUAAUACUUUAGCGUCGGCUUUCUUGGCUCUUGCCGCGAGUUUGAUUUCGAUUUGCUUUCUUUUCGUGGAGCUGAAAGUUUAUAAACUGUCAAGAGCGGUAACUCCGGGUGUAUUAUAUAUUAUAUAUUAAAUAUUGAAUUUGAACCAGCAACCCGCCGCUGCAGAGGAAGUCUGAUAAUGGUGCGAUGAGGUCGGAGCUGAGAAGUGCAGUGUUAUUGUUUUGUAACGAGAUAGCAGUUCAGCCUGUUAGCUGAUCGGCUAGCUGCUGCACGGUGAGUGCCGGGCCUGCCGGUGGUAACGUGAGAGGCUUCGUCGCUCGGAAGAGACGUUACGAGCUCUUGGAUACAUGAUAAGGAAAAAUCGGCGAACUCAACAUUCGUAAAUUGUUGCUGGGAAAUACAGUUUGACCUCCGGCAAACGUGCCACCCUCUGGAUUUCAUAUGGCACCGCUUUUGGGCCGGAAACCGUACCCACUGGCUAAGCCUUUAGCCGAGGCUCCAGGCCCGGCGGGAGAAGAGGUCUACAUCAUCGAGCACACCAAGGAGGCCUUCAGGAACAAAGAAGAGUAUGAAGCGCGAUUGCAGAAGUAUGGCGAGCGCAUCUGGACAUGCAAGAGCACGGGAAGCCUGCAGCUUACGCACAAAGAGGCGUGGGAGGAGGAGCAAGAAGUCACAGAACUGCUCCAGGAGGAGUAUCCUCAGUGGUUUGAGAAGCCAGUCCUGGAGAUGGUCCACCACAACACGGUGUCUUUAGAUAAGCUGGUGGAGAUGUCGUGGCUGGAGGUCCUCACCAAAUAUGCAGUGGGCGAAGAAUGUGACUUUCUUGUGGGGAAGGACAAAAGUUUGCGGGUAAAGGUGGACAAGAUUCAUCCCUUGGAAAACCCCGAAGGAGAGGCAGGAGAGAAGAAGCUUGAAGGGGCUUGUGACUCGCCGUCCAGCGACAAAGAGAACGCCAGCCAGGAGAACCAGAGGAAAGAGGCGCCGCCACGCGAGGCAGAGAGCCGGAGAGAGAGCCUGAGUGAUCGAGCCCGGCGUUCUCCAAGGAAACUUACCACUGCCAUGAAAGAAGAGAAGAAGAAAUGGGUGAUGCCCAAGUUCCUGCCUCAUAAAUAUGACGUGAAGCUCAUCAAUGAGGACAAGGUGAUCUGUAACGUCCCCGCUGACAGCCUCUACAGAACGGAGCGCCCCCCAACCAAGGAGAUCAUGCGCUACUUCAUCAGGCACAAUGCUCUGAGGCUGGGCAAAGGAGAAAGUGCUCCCUGGGUAGUUGAGGAUGAACUGGUGAAAAAGUACAACCUUCCCAGCAAAUUCAGCGACUUUCUCCUCGAUCCACACAAGUUUUUGGCUGAGAAUCCCUCUACAAAGCGAAAGAGUUUGUCAUCCUCAGAAGGUAGACCGAGUAAGAAGCUGAAGACCGACACUCCAGGAGAAGAUUCUGGAAAUGAGAAGGGAGAGAAGAAGAAGAAUAAGAAGGAUUCUUUAGGCAUGCCCCUGAGUCCCACCAUCUGGGGCCACAUGCAGAAAAUCAAAAUGAACGGUUCCCCGCUCAAAGUGAAGAACUCCGGGACUCAGAAGAAAGGGGACGAAAAAAGUUCGGCUCCCUCCACUCCGAAGUCUGGCAGGAAGAGCGCGGGAAAGAAAAGAGGAGAUAAGAAUCUUCAUGUCUCUAAAAAAGAUGGUAAAGCCGGUGCUAAGAGCCCAAGGAUGAAGCAGAUGACUCUGCUUCAUUUGGCUAAAGGGACGCCGUCAGGAAGUCCCAAGAAGAGAGCCCGUAGCUCCAGCAUAGGCACACCCAAAUUGGGGAAACCCCUCCACCCGAUGGCUCUGCAUCUCCUUCGUUACUAUAAGGAGAACAAGGACAAAGAGGACAAGAAGAACUCUCUUUCCUACCUCCUCACCAAAGCUGCAAAGGCCUUAACCCCGGACGAUCGCGACCGCCUGCCCGAGGAGCUUAAGAACCUGGUCCAGAAGCGCUGGGAGUUGCUGGAGCAGAAGAAACGAUGGGCAGCCAUGAGUGAAGAAGAAAAGAAGGAGGAGAUCAAAAAGAAACGGGCAGAGCUCAAAGAAAAGCUGCGAGAAAAGGCCAAGGAGAGACGAGAGAAGGAGAUGCUCGUCCGCCGAGAACAGUCUCGAAGAUACGAAGACCAGGAGAUAGAAGGUGGCAAGACCCUCCCGGCGUUUAAGCUGGUGGACAUACCUGAGGGACUGCCCAACACGCUCUUUGGCAGUGUGGCGAUGGUUGUGGACUUCCUUCACUGCUAUGCCGGCCUGCUGAUGCCGAACGACCAGUACCCCAUCACAGCCAUGGCCCUGAUGGAAGCUCUGGCCGGAGAUCGGUCGGGCUUCCACUACUUGAACCGGGUGCUGGUGGUGCUGCUCCAGACGCUGCUGCAGGAUGAGCUGGCGGAAGGCUACAGCGAGCUGGACAUGCCGCUCUCCGAGAUCCCUCUAACCAUGCACUCCGCGUCGGAGCUGGCUCGGCUGUGCCUGCGCCCGUGCGACGCCCACGGUGAGGAGAGCGCCCAGGGGUCGGAGGACUCGGGAGCCUUAGGGGGUUUUGAUGACGUGGUGACGAGUGAAUUCCUGGAGAAGCUGGAAACGUCUGAGGUGUUCGAGCUGAGCCCGGAGGACAAGGUCAACCUGCUGGUGGCGCUGUGCCACCGCAUCCUAAUGACGUACUCGGUGGAAGACCACGUCGAUGCGAUGCAGCAGCGAUCCGCCGAGCUGUGGAAGGAGCGCCUGGCCAUGCUCAAGGAGGUCAACGACCGCAAAAAGGAGGAGAAGAAGAAGCGGAAGGAGAUGGAGAUGGAAAGCAAAGGUGAAAAGAAAAAAGAUGAUAAAAUCAAAAAAGACAUCAAGAAGGAAGUUAAGGUGGAGCCAGAGGAUUUGAUCAGCUUAGUGAAGAGCCGGAGACUGAUGACCAUGCAGGCCAAGAAAGAAAAGGAGGAGCUGGACCGACAGAACAAAGAGCGGAUGGAGAAGGAGGCGGAGGAGGAGCGGAUGCGUAAGCAGAGGGCUUCGGCAGAGAGGGCCUUCCAGGAAGGGAUAACGAAAGCCAGGCUUGUGAUGCGGAGGACUCCCCUCGGGACCGACAGAAACCACAACAGAUACUGGCUCUUCUCGGAUGUGGUCCCUGGUUUGUACAUCGAGAAAGGGUGGGUGCACGAAAGUAUCGACUACAGUUUCACCCCUCCACCUGAGGAGAAAGCCGCGGAGCCGGAGGUGGAGGAAGAGGAGGAUGGAGAAUCAACCUCUGCUGCUGAUUCACAGGGAGCUGAAAAAGAUGAUGGAAGCAUUGAUGGUGCAGUGAUGGAAGGUGUCCAGCAGGAGGCUCCACUAGACGUCUGUAUUGAAACCACCAUCCCGAAGCAGGGACAGAACCUCUGGUUUGUCAUUGACAGCCCCACUGAGCUGGAGGAGCUGGUAGAAAGUCUUCAUUCUCAGGGAGUCAGAGAGAGUGAGCUCAAAGCAAAGAUUCAAAGCAGGUACCAGGACAUUUUACACUCCAUCCAUUUGACCCGGAAGAGCAAACUGGGCUUGAGGACCUGUGAUGGUUAUGAGGAGCUGCUGAAAUACAUGCGCAGUGACAUUCAGGAAAUAGCCUCCAGACUCCAGAAGGGGGGUUUGGGAUACCUGGAUAAUGACACUGACAUCGAGGAUGAGUUGAAAGAAAUGGACAGCUUGAAAAGCUUUGGGGAGUGCAUCAUCACUAUCCAGGCGUGCGUCAUCAAGAAGUUCCUGCAGGGCUUCAUGGCCCCGAAGCAGAAGAAGAAGAAAAAGCAAGGCGGGGAGGAGAGCAGCAAAGCGGAGGAGGUGGAUGAGGAGAAGAGGCUGGCAGAGGAGGCCAGGGUGGCGACGGCGGUGGAGAAGUGGAAGACGGCCAUCAGGGAGGCGCAGACCUUUUCCCGCAUGCACGUGCUGCUGGGAAUGCUGGACGCCUGCAUAAAGUGGGACAUGUCUGCAGAGAACGCUCGCUGUAAAGUUUGUCGUAGGAAAGUGCUCAAGUUGAACCCUGUGCUGAAGUUGAUGGAGGCCAGAUCCAGACAGGGCAGCAGGAAGCACAGAGCAGAUCAGACUAGUUGUGUCAGGCAGGUCUACGUUCAGAGUCGAGAGCUACGCCGGCCCACAGGUGACGAUGAGAAGCUGAUCCUCUGUGACGAGUGCAACAAGGCCUUCCAUCUGUUCUGCCUGCGACCGGCCCUCUACCGCAUCCCGUCUGGGGAGUGGCUGUGUCCCGCCUGCCAGCCCACUGUUGCCAGACGAGGCUCACGUUCAAGAAACUACAAUGAAGACUCUAAUGAAGAAGAGGAUGAGGAGGAGUCUGAAGAGGAGGAUUCUGACGAAGAGGAAGAUGAAGAGGAAGACAAUUACUACAAAGCCAUGGGACACAGCUUAAGACCAAGGAAAAAAACGAAGCAGUCAUCAUCUCGCCAAAAGAGCUCUAAAAGUAAAUCCAAGAAGCAGAGCUCCUCCAGCAAUCAGAGCAGCAAGCAAAGGACAGUCCCCAGCAGCCCGGCGGACAUCGACGAGCUGGUGCGACAGACCUCCCAGACUGGACCGAGGAGGCAGGCGCUGGAGCUGGAGAAGUGUGAGGAAAUCCUCAAGAAGUUGAUGAAGUUCCGGUACAGCUGGCCCUUCAGGGAGCCAGUUUCCCCCGAUGAAGCCGAGGACUACCUGGACAUCAUCUCCCAGCCGAUGGACUUCCAGACCAUGCUGGGGAAGUUCGGCCAAGGCUCAUACCGCCACGGGCAGGACUUCAUGGAAGACAUGAAGCUGGUCUUCUCCAACGCAGAGGAGUACAACCAGCAGGGCAGCACCGUGCUCUCCUGCAUGGUCAAGACAGAGCAGGCCUUCACCGAGCUGCUCCAGAAGCUGCUGCCCGGACUCAGCUACCUUCGCCGACGUUCCCGCAAACGCACCAGCCAACCCGCCGCUUCAUCUGAGGAGGAAGAAGAGGAGGAAGAUGACGAGGAGGAGCCAAAGAAGCGAAUGCAAAACGGGAAAUCGAAGCAGAAGAAGAAACCCAACAGGAGUCAGAGGCGAAAGGCGGAGGAAAGUGAAAGCGAGGAGGAAGACGAGGACGACAGCAGGAGGAGAAGCAAGCGGGCGACUGCCACCUCCAGCAGGAAGAACUACAAGGAGCAGGAUAGUGACGGCGAGCAGAAAACACGAAGCGCCCGCCAACGAGGGGGCCACGGCGACCUCGCCAGCAGCGACGAGGAGCGGUCCAGCCAGCCGCGACAUUCCAAGAGACAAAAACGUUCAUGAAAUCAAGGGUGCUGACUCAGCUCCGUCUGCCCUCCGCCGCCAGCAGGACUCCAUGCUCACAGGGAAUCUUUCUGAAUUUUUGUUCAUAUUUGAAAGAUAAAAAAAAAAACUGAUUUAUAUUUGUAAAAUGUUUAAUACUGGUGAUUGUUUUUUAUUUCUUCACCAUCACAUUUGUUAAAGUGAGUGGCUCCCAUAGCUCUUAUCCCCACCUCGUAGUGCAGCAUCACCAGGAGCAUCACUUCCUCUCCUUUUUCACCUCCUCCUGCUUCACAGCAGUGCUGACGGCCGUCACUUAUCUACAAGUUUCAAGACUUUUUUCUAGUGUGUGUAAGUGUCAGUGAAUUUAAACAUCAGCUCUUAGUGCCAGGAUCUUUCAGGAAGCUGACUCACCUGUGGCUCCUAGAGCUGUGCAGCCUUUCCUGCUCUGCAGUGCCCUGCCACUAUAAAACACCCCAGUACCUCAAGUGAUCCGUCUGUUUGCACUCCUCUGCUGUGAAGUGCACCCAAUACGCCAGCAACUGCAGGACCAGACUUUAAUAUGAUGUGCAGACAAACUUUGUAAACAGUGUUGAAAUCAGCCAGCGUGAUGUUUGUUAAGAAAAUGGGCAUUUUUUGAAUAUUUGAUAUUUUUGCACAUAGUAUUUGGUAUUGUAAAAUUGUAACUUGUUUGUGGAUCUUUAGUCACAUCCAGCUGAUAGCAGAGGGCUCUCCCGGUCAGCACAGACGUUUCCAGCUCAAACAUUACAUCUUCGUGUCGUUGAAACCGAGCGGCUCCUCAGAGGGAUUUUAAAGGGGUCGGGUUCGGUCACCAGGUGGCGCCCUAUCGUUGCACUUUGAGUAGUCUGGUCCUGGCACUUCCAGAUUUUCUCAGUCGGGCUUCUGACUCCUGCAGUGUUUUUUGUUUUUUUAUGGACAGGGAGCGUCACUAUGCUGCUGGUGUUCAGCUCCGACGCUCAGCUCAGUAGCAAACAACCCCCCUCUAAAUUAAAAAAAAUAAGUCAGUGUAAACGUUGUAUUAGCUUUUCCAGCGGUGUGUGUAUAUGUACAUAUAUUUGUGUAUACUGAUCAGACUCCUGUCUGGACCGUGCCGUGCUCAUACUUGUGUUUUACUCGUGCCGUUUUCAUCCAGAACCAUCGGGUUCUGUUGGGCCGCUGGUGUUUUUAAAUUCUGACCCGCUAAAACCAAUGUUGAUCCACAAAAAUCCCAGUUUUAAUCAUUUCUGUUAAACAUGGCUGAGGUGACUGCCCAUCUCCUAGUGAGAUCCCACUGUAAAUGCUUUCUUUGUUCUGGGAGGAACUGCAAAAUUCUUUUACACUUCUUUUUUAUAUAUAUAUUUAUAGUCUAAAGCUGGGUUUGGGCCGGAUGGAGGAUUCACAUGUAAAAACUUUCAAAUAAAGACUAAAGAUUCAAA